AACACUCGCCCCUGUGGACCAGACGCCCUCGACCAGCUUCAAGAAGACGCUCCAAGUAAACUACCUAGACUGGGACCUCGCCGUCCUGUCUUGACUAUCCGCGAAGGCGACGAGGCGGAGUUUAUUCCGCCUUUUUUUUUUUUUUGGAGAGGCCAUCUUCGCCGACGCCAACAUCAACCCGUACUGCUGGGAAGGGAAACUCGCUUUGGACUGCUGGCUGGCCGACUUGACCCGGGUCCGGUCGCCACCGUUCGGCCUAUGUUUCUCUUCACACACAUAUCCGCGCAGCAAUGGCGGCAAUGCUGAGUAGCCAGCCCACGCGGUCGAGCCUACAGGUGGCUCCACUCGCUAUCCAGAAGUCAAGGGAAGACCUGUUUGGCAGCGGCCGCGAACUGUCUGUCUCUUCCAAAGGCUACGCCCAGUCGCACAUGACUCCACCAACAACGCCAAAUGGCUCCGAGGAAGACCUCAGCGCCCCUGACCGUCCCCCGAGCCCGUCUCCGGUAUUCCACAACUUUCUACGGGCCUUUUAUCCAUUCCACCCCAGCUAUACGGUCAGCGACUCAACCGUGACUUUGCCGCUUAACGAGGGAGAUGUCAUCCUGGUGCACUCGAUACACACGAAUGGUUGGGCCGACGGUACUUUGCUGGUGUCGGGAGCAAGAGGGUGGCUUCCGACCAAUUAUUGCGAGGCGUACGACCCGGAAGAGAUGAGGAACCUUCUCAAGGCGUUGCUUAAUUUCUGGGACCUGAUGCGGAGCACCUCGGUUAAUGACAGCGAGAUGUUUGGCAACCAGGAGUUCAUGAAGGGUAUCAUUGCCGGCGUUCGUUAUCUCUUGGAGCGUACCAACUGUCUGACAAGAGAGUCGGCUAUUGUUCAAAGACAUGACGGGCUGCGGCGGAGCCGAAAGUCCCUUUUGUCGGAGCUGUCGUCGCUGGUUAAGACCGCGAAGCGACUGCAAGAGGCGCAGAGGCUGGCCGAACCGGACGAGGAAGUUAAUAACAUCGUCGACGAGAUGAUUCUCAAGGCGUUCAGGAUUAUCACCAAGGGCGUGAGGUUUCUGGACAUUCUCGACGACGACAGGAGGUCGCGGGCGCCGGCAGUUGCGGUCAUGGCGACGCUAAUAGAGGAGAUCUACGUCCCGCCGACGCCACCAGCUGACUCAACUGCCUUCGACGCCAACCAAGCCCAGGACAAUGAUGCAGCAUCCCGUACCGACGAAAACACAGACGCUGCCGAGCAGGCCCCGUCCGAAAUACGCGAGGUAGCACCAGAGCAUACUCCCGCCAACAGGCGUUUGUCGUCCGUUUACUCGCCAGGUACAAAUGUGCGCCGAUCAUUGAAUGGCACCCCGCAGGUGAACCGGCUUUCGUCCACAAUCUCGCAUCGCGUCAGUUUGGCCGGUCACUCGCCCCUUUCACGGCCGCAAAACCUUGUUUCGGAGCGCCUCGGCUCGUGCCAUGACGUCUUCCUGUCACACCUAGGGUCCUUUAUCGGACGCCUUCAACUCCAGUCGCCCUCGCGGCCGCAUCUCGCCCUCGCCAUCAAGCAGUCAGCCUCGUCGGGGGGAGAGUUGCUCGUGGUUGUUGACGUAGUCUGCGCCCACAACUCGAUCAGCGUCGCAGCUCUCGACCAAUCCCGUGCGGCAAUGUACGACCACAUACAAAACCUCGUGCACACAGCACGCGACAUCCUCACCAAUGCGGGGCCGGAGAUGGAAGACGUGAUUGUCGCGCAAGACAACCAUCGUUUGUUGGGGGCGGCGACCGGCUGUGUUAAGGCCACAGGCGAGUGCGUCGCGAAGACAAAAUGGAUCAUCGAGCGUAUCGGCGACUUUGAGUUCGAGUUUGAUAACGGCGACCUUGGUAUCGAUCUCGAUCUCUCCGGUCUGGACUUUGUGUCGUAUGAGAAGGAGAGGUCGAUUGCAGCUGAAUCCGCAAGCAUCGCCGAGUCAAGCGUGUCGGAGGCGCCGACUACGUCCACUGCCCAUUCCAACACGUCGUCCCUCGCCGUGCGCCCCACGUUCCUUUCUAUCGACAAGCCGUUGCCCGAAGUUCCCCAGGUUUCGGAAGUCAGCGACGAUAUCCCAGAAACACACUACCCGCUUCCGGAAUCGCGACCGGAAUCGCUUGUUGUUGACGAUAAUGCUCUAAACAUGGUUUCCUCCGCAGCUUCCCUUCGAACCUCCCUGCCCCCGCUUCCCAAGAUAUCCACCUCGUCGCUUCCCACAGAAGACUACAGCCCAACGGAACAGUCUGCGCCACAUGGUAGCGGGUUCCGUUCGUUUAGAACGGACAGCCUAACCGCCUCGAGUUCGGGCUCCGGUAGUACAUACCUCAGCCGAGACUCGGAGUCGAGUAUUGUCUCUCAAUCCUCGACCCGCGCUACUACACCUGACAUUACGAUAGUACCAAGGAACCAGCCAUCUCUAUCCGACCUGAGUGUGACUGGGAGCUUGGUACAGACCGAGGAAGUGGACGACGUGGAGUCCAAGCUUCUCGAGAAGACCUUUGCCCAUGAGCUGAUGUUCAACAAAGAAGGCCAGGUUACAGGGGGCUCCCUGGCAGCCCUGGUUGAACGCCUUACCACACACGAAUCGACACCCGAUGCUAUGUUUGUGUCAACAUUUUAUCUCACUUUCCGGCUAUUCUGCACACCAAUCGCACUUGCCGAGGCCCUUAUUUACCGUUUCGACUACGUCGGCGAGACACCUCAGGUGGCGAGCCCGGUACGCCUAAGGACGUACAACGUCUUCAAGGGAUGGCUCGAGUCGCAUUGGCGAGAGGAGGCCGACCACGAAGCGCUUGAUCUGAUCAAGCAGUUUGCCGAGACCAAGCUCACCCCCGUCUUGCCGUCAGCAGGCAAGCGCCUUCUCGACCUGACCGAGAAAGUGUCGUCAAUCGAUGGAGCAUUGGUGCCACGCUAUAUCUCGUCCAUGGGCAAGACCAACACUCCCGGAGUUUAUCAGUACAUACCAGCUGAGACACCCUUGCCUCCGCCCGUCAUUACCAGGAGCCAGACGAAUGCGUUGGCGCACUGGAAGACAGGCUCGGGUUCCCCCUCGAUCCUCGAUUUUGACCCGUUAGAAGUUGCCCGCCAACUGACAAUGAAGCAAAUGUCGCUGUUCUGCUCCAUCCUCCCGGACGAACUUCUAGGCUCUAAAUGGACAAAGUUUGGUGGUGCCGGGGCGCCAAACGUGAAGGCAAUGUCGGCUUUCACCACUGGAUUGUCAAACCUGGUCGCCGAUACCAUUCUGCACUUUGACGAGGCCAAGAAAAGGGCCCUGGUCAUCAAGCAAUGGAUCAAGAUCGCGAACCAAUGCCUAAGCCUCAACAACUACGAUGCUCUCAUGGCAAUUACCUGCGCUCUCACCGAUACGAGCAUCAAGCGUCUCAAGUUCACGUGGGAUGCCGUCAGUGCCAAGCGCAAGGACAUGCUCAAGUCCCUGCAGUCAAUUGUCGACUUCAACCAGAACUACAAGGUGCUGCGAAAUCGGCUCCACGACCAUGUGCCACCAUGCCUGCCGUUUCUGGGCAUGUUCCUGACCGACCUCACGUUCGUCGAUGUCGGCAACCCGGCAACCAAGACUAGCGACACGGGCUUGACUGUCGUCAACUUUGACAAACAUAGCCGCACUGCAAAGAGCAUUGGAGAGCUGCAGCGUUUCCAGAUUCCCUACCGCCUCACAGAGUUGCCAGACCUCCAGGAAUGGCUCUCGGCACAGAUCAACCGCGUCAAGGAGAAGGACAGAGCUGGCACCAAUGCGCAGGCCUCUCACUACCGCAAGAGCCUUCUUCUCGAGCCCCGGGAAGCUCAGCAGCUGCGAGCUCCAAUUGAGGGGCUGCCCAGCUCCGCCGCUGUCAGCACUGCCAUGUUUGGGUGGAUAAGGAAUAACAGCACGAGCCACGGCCUUGCUGCUACUCAGGUCUAAUCUGAGUCAUGUUGCCGGCACCCAUCGCCGCUACUAUUUUGCCAGCGAAACACAAAAUUCCGCAUUAGCAUUCUUUACCGAUUAACUGCAUUUGGCCGCCCUGUCG